AUGUAAAGGCCUUACAUAUGUCUAUUCAUCACCAAUCAUAAGCCUUUUAUAUAAAGCUAGGUGUGCCCAGUUCCUAAAAAUAGAGAAUAUAAUAUCAACAUUUAUGAUUAAAUAUACAACGCCAAAAAGUUGUUCCUAACCAUUAGAAGCUUGGAACUUGUUCACAUAUUCAUCUUUCAUCCCUGUAAAAUCACACCCAGAUUGGAGAGAUGGCAGGUUCAAAUAAAGAGUCAAUCAAGCUUCACAUUGCUAUGUUUCCAUGGUUUGCAUAUGGUCAUAUAAACCCAUUUAUCCAACUCUCUAAAAAGCUGUCCUCUCAUGGCAUCCAAAUCUCUUUCUUCUCAAUACCUGGAAACAUCCCGCGUAUUGAAUCCGCCCUUAAUCUUUCUGCUCCCAAUCGAGUCAUCCCUCUUAGUAUCCCUCCAAUUGUAGGACUCUCCCCUAACUUUGACAGCAGCUCAGACUUAACAUCUCAAACUGCUGAGCUCCUCAAAGUUGCACUUGACCAAAUGCAACCUCAACUUAAAACAUUGUUAUCUCAACUCAAACCACACAUCAUUCUCUUUGAUUUUGCACACUUCUGGCUACCUGCAUUAGCUUCUGAACUCGGCAUCAAAACCAUUAACUUCAGUAUAUUUCCAGCUUCGGCGAAUUCGUAUCUUACUAUCCCUUCAAGAAUGACAGAUCCCAGUAAACCUCCCACUCUUGAGGACUUAAAAAAGCCUCCUCAAGGGUACCCUAAAACCUCAAUUACCUCCAUGAAAACUUUCCAAGCUCUAGAUUUCCAGUACCUUUAUCAGAGCUUCCAUGGCGGACCACCUGCUUUCGAAAGAAUAAUGAGGUUUAUAAAAACCUGUGAUGCUACAAUCUAUAAGUCCAGCACUGAAGUAGAAGGUCCAUACAUAGAUUACAUAAAAUCCCAGAUUGAAAAACCUCUGUUUUUAGCUGGCCCUGUUGCUCCUCUACCACCUUCUGGUGAACUAGAUGAAAAAUGGGAAAGUUGGUUGGGAAAGUUCCCUGAAAAAUCAGUCAUUUUUUGCAAUUUUGGAAGUGAGUCAUAUUUAGAUGAUGCUCAAAUUGAGCAGCUUACACUUGGGUUAGAGCUCACUGGUAUGCCCUUCUUUUUAGUUUUGAAAUUCGAGAGCGAAAGUAUUGAUGUUGCAAAACAGAAGUUAGAAGCAUCAUUGCCAGAAAAUUUUAGGGAGAGAGUAAAAGAUAGAGGAGUUGUGCAUACAGGAUGGGUGCAACAACAACACAUUUUAGCACACAAAAGUGUUGGGUGCUUUCUUACUCAUUCAGGGAUUUCCUCUAUAGUAGAAGGUAUUGUGAAUGAUUGUCUAUUAGCAUGUUUGCCUCUAAAGGCUGAUCAGUUUAUGAAUGCUAAGGUCUUUUGUGGAGACCUCAAGUUAGGGGUGGAAGUAAGUAGAAGAGAUGAAGAUGGGUACUUUGGAAAAGAGGAUAUUUUGGAAGCAAUAAAGAUACUCAUGUUGGAUACUGAAAAUGAGGCAGGAAUUUUGAUGAGAGAAAAUCAUAACAAAUGGAGAAAGUUUUUCCUCAAUCAAGAGAUUGAAGCUAGAUAUGUUGCAAAUUUAGUUGGGGAACUACAAGCUUUGGCUCGACAAGCUUAGUCCUUAGUGAAUCUUUGUGAAUUGUGAUCUAGUCUGGGGUGUGAUCUGGUAUUGUUCUUACUGUAACUAGCGGACAGUCCGGGAAUUUAUUUUUCUCUCUCUUUCGAUUUUUGCAUUCAUACUGUUGUUUUUUUCACAAAGAUGAAAGAGCCUUAGCUUUUUCUUCUUUUGUACUAAUAAGUAAUGUGUGAUUAGGAGUACGGACUCCUGUAUGUCCAUUUUCUUGCGAAAAUACAAUAAAAUAAAACUAAUUUGUUGAA